UGUAGUCCUGCGCAGAGCGCUGCUCACCUGCCGGGACUGUGCGCCUGUGAGCAGCUGAUUGAACGGGAUUAUCAGACUAAUUGCCUCCUGUAAUUGUUGCCCUUCAUUGACUGUGUUUCGUCCGUUCGUCUCAUAAAACUGCAAAAAUAUUUCCUUGGCGUUUAUCUGUGCUGGUGUUUUCAAAGUGACCGGCUGUUCUGUGGCGUGAUUUGUGCCGGUGGAGGCAGACAAUAUGUGAUUUUGGAAUAGACCCUGCGUUCUUUUUUUCUUGGAGAAGUGGACUAUUUCACGUGUGGGAUUCUUUGUUUUCCUUUCACAUUGCUUUACUCUGCACGCUGAAACAGAUUGUGUUCCACCGUGAUGGUGCGGGGCUGUUAACUGAACUGACAGCAGAGUGAGCGCUAUCAUCGGGAAACUGCGUGCGGGGCCGUGGAAAAAUGAAAGCUCCCAUUCCUCUCCUGAUUCUGCUUCAUGCCGUUGUGGUCCAUUGCCUGAAAGUGGUUUCUAAAAGAGGCUCAGUUGAAGGCUGCACCGAUUGGUCGGUGGACUACUUGAAAUACAAGGCACUUCUGGGGGAACCGGUACGGAUUAAGUGUGCUUUGUUCUAUGGAUAUAUCCGGGCUAACUACACCCAUGCGCAGAGCGCAGGACUCAGCCUCAUGUGGUACAAAAGUGUGGGACACGGGGACUUUGAAGAACCCAUCAGUUUUGAUGGCACAAGGAUGAGCAAGGAGGAGGACGCCAUAUGGUUUCGACCAGCGGAGCUGGAGGAUGUAGGCUACUAUUCCUGUGUAUUAAGGAAUUCAACGUACUGCAUGAAGGUGUCCAUGUCUCUCACGGUGGCGGAGAACGACACAGACCUUUGCUACAACUCCAAAAUGAGGUUCUUUGAGAAAGCCGAACUGAGCAAAAGCAAAGACAUUACCUGCACAGGUAUCGAGGAUUAUAUACAGCCGGGGGUGGAGCCUGAGAUUGUGUGGUACAAGGAAUGCAAGCCAAAGCAAUGGAGACAAACCAUAGAAAGACGGAGGGACACUCUGUCCAUCCAGGAUGUACGGGAAGACGACAUUGGGAAUUACACGUGCGAAUUGCAGGUCGGGAAUUUUGUCGUGCGGAGAACGACGAAGCUGACAGUCACAGCGCCACUAACAGACAAGCCGCCAAAAAUCCUCUUCCCCUCAGACAGCCAGAUGAGCAUCAUCGAGUUGGCUAUAGGAAGUCCUGUCAAUCUGACUUGCCGAGCGUUCUUUGGCUACAGUGGAGAUGUCAGUCCGCUUAUCUACUGGAUGAAAGGAGAGAAGUUCAUCGAAGAUCUGGACGAGGAGAGGGUUCAGGAGAGCGACCUCAAGACAGUCCGGGAGCACCUGGGGGAGCAGGAGGUGGCCAUCUCUCUGACCAUCGACUCCUUGGAGGAGAGCGAUCUUGGCAACUAUUCUUGCUAUGUGGAGAACGGCAACGGACGGAGACAAGCGAACAUCCAGCUCACAAAGAAAGCGGAGCUGAUGUACACGGUGGAGCUGGCCGGAGGACUGGGAGCCAUCUUCAUGCUGCUGAUCUGUCUGGUGACGCUGUACAAGUGCUACAGAAUCGAGCUCAUGCUCUUCUAUAGGAACCACUUUGGCAGUGAGGACAUAGACGGUGAUAACAAGGACUACGACGCUUACCUGUCCUACACCAAAGUAGACCCGGACCAGUGGAGCCAGGAGACCCGUGAGGAGGAGCGCUUUGCACUGGAGAUCCUCCCUGAUGUUCUGGAGAAGCAUUAUGGGUAUAAACUCUUCAUUCCAGACAGGGACUUGAUCCCCACAGGAAGUUUCACCAAUGAUCAUUUCCAGGAUGACACACGACUACUUAGAGCCUACAUCGAGGACGUAGCGCGCUGCGUGGACCAGAGCAAGCGUCUCAUCAUUGUCAUGACGCCCAGCUAUGUCGUGCGGCGGGGGUGGAGCAUUUUUGAGCUGGAGACGCGGCUGCGCAACAUGCUGGUGACCGGCGAGAUCAAAGUCAUUCUGAUCGAGUGCGCCGAGCUGCGCGGCAUCAUGAACUACCAGGAAGUGGAGGCACUCAAACACACCAUCAAGAUGCUGACGGUCAUCAAGUGGCACGGGGCACCCAGCAACAAGCUCAACUCCAAGUUCUGGAAGCAGCUGCUCUACGAGAUGCCCUUCAAGCGCAUGGAGCCCCUGAGCAUCUCCCACGAGCAGGUGCUGGAUGUCAGCGAGCAGGGCCCCUUCAGCGAGCUCCAGACCGUCUCGGCCAUCUCCAUGGCAGCGGCCACCUCCACCGCCAUGGCGACGGCACACCCAGACUUGCGCUCCACCUUCCACAACUCUUGCCACACUCAGAUGAGGCAGAAACACUAUUACCGUAGCUACGACUACGACCUGCCACCCGGCGGCACGCUCCCACCGCUCUCCUCGCUAAGCAACCAGCACACCUACUGCAACAUCCCCAUGACGCUCAUCAACGGACAGCGGCCACAGUCCAAGUCGCCGCGCCAGCAGAGUCUGGAGGAGGCCCACGGCAACAACGCCAUGCUGCCGCUGCUGCCCAGAGAGACCAGCAUAUCCAGCGUCAUCUGGUGACAGACAUGGGGUCACUUGUGGCGGACUGUGGUUCUGUAUGAUGUCCAACUCUAGAAGGUCUCACCUCUGGCACUAAGACCCCGAAACACACCAGAGCCAGAGGAACCUGAUUGGCACUAAAGCCCCGUUUCCACCAAGUGGUGCAGUUUGGUUCAUUUUGGCACAUUAUGCAAUUAUUUGUGUUUCCAUCGUCAGCCGUUGCAAUGGGUACCAAAAUAACCGAUCCGUACUGUCCCAGGUUUUGGCACCCUUCUUGUGGGGUACCGAGCACAGUAGGGCUGUCACUUUUUCCAAAAAUCAAAGUACUACAAAGUUUUUAUUACUGUAAUACCAAUUGUUUUAUUAUUAUACACAUUACAGAAGGAUCAAAAAAAUCCUUGAAUGGGAAAUCACUGGUUUUCUGAGGGAUUUCUCUCUGCAGAGAGAGGAAUCUCCCGCAUCUCCAAGAUGCUGUCGCUGCUGUGGCCGCCUUUGCCAAAGUGUUCAAUUUGUAUUGGUCCCCAAACAUGAUCUCCAUCAAUCCUGGGCAGCAGCUUCCUUUCCCAUGAUAGGAUAGGAAACCUUAUAUGAGCCCUCUGCUGGAUUCUAAUUGGAGACUUUUCACGCCGGUCGUUACAGCUGGAAUUUGAACUUUUCAUCACACAUUGCAAAUAAUAGUGAAUUUGGAAUAAAAAGUGACAGCCCUAAAGCACAGUGGUAUGGCUCCUCAAGGGCAAAGCUUAGAGAAUAGCAUGUAAAGAUGGACGUAGCCAUUCAGUUGAAAAUCAACUUUCAUUUUUAGCCAACAUUUGUGAUGGGACCGGCGCCAUUUCAGAUUAGUCACCUAUUGGACAAUAUCAUUUGUACCGUGCUAAAUUUGCCUCUCAAUUUUGUAAAUAAUUUACAAAAUAGACAAAACAUGUUCAAUUGAAGAAGAGCUGAAACGAGAGGUAGAUUUCUUUUUGCGACCAGCGGAGUCGCCCCCUGGUGGCUAACUGACACUUGCGGCUACUUCCCGGAGGCUUUACUUUCCAGACCUGAAUGCUGUGUUCAUUUUUACAUACAGUCUAAGGUGGAGCUAGACACACUGCAGUCCUUUGAUUGGUCGACAGAGAGUCAUCGCUUCUGUGCGAUGGUAGGUGGAAACACAAAACCUAACAUCUUUAAACUAGCUUUAAACAAAGCUUUUCACAUGAUAAGAAGAAAGAGCACAGAGAUGCUGGAUGUCCUCUAUGGUUGACUAUUGUUUACUGUAUCAUGUUUUUCUUUGUGGAAUUUAUUGGCGGGCUACGCUGAGUCACGCUGGUAUGAGGUCGUUUAUGAAGCUCACCAUCAGGCCCACACAGCCCGCCCUGGAUACACUUGCCGGAUCAGGGUUUAACCGUUCCAAACCACACCGUGGCACGCUGAACUGAAUUGUUCCGCUUGGUGGAAAUGAGGCUUAAGCUACUUGCUGCUGUUUGAAUUUGAUCCAGGAAACAACAGGGGGAGGGAGGGGAGGGACAACAGGGUGUGAGGCACUCUGGACUCAUCGGCAAUGGACGUGGUGGCAGAUAUAUAUAUUUUUUUGCUUCAGUUUUGGUCUAAUAAUAGCUUUUAUUUAACCUGAACGACAAAAAAAAGAAGCAAGGAGAACUCUUUUGUAUGCCUGUAUAAACAUUUACGUAACACAAGCCAACAACUAUGAUACUUUACCCGGAGAGUCGAGGAAUACAGGGUCCUGUAUAUACGUUUUUCUAAUUCUUUGUAGCAUCAGUGUUUGGGACUUGUUUUUCUUUAUGUUUUAAUUUUCACUUUUAUUUCUUUUCGUUUUAGUUUGUACAAAAAGUGAAGCAAUGGCCUGUGAGAUGUGUUGGUUAAAAACUGUGUUACCUUUAUCUUAAUAUGUUGGCUGGUUUAGUUUAUAAAGCUUUUAGGUUUUUUUCAGGUGGGUUGGGGGGGGGCGGUGUUGAUAUGUCGCAGCUUCUGUGAGAUGACAAUGAGCUGGUUUGGAAAAUCUGAUCUGGACUUAACCUGAAUAUGCAAAACUUGGAGUCCAGGGAAAAGACGGGAAAAGAUGAGUUGUUUCCCAAACCAGUUGUUGCGGAAUGAUUUUCGAAAAGUCGUGUCUGUGAAGGCGGGAUAUGAAGAAUAUGGUGCUAGGCUUCACAUCUCUCAUGUUAACAUUUACUUAAAAAAAAACAAAACAAACAACCUUGUUAUUUACCUUAACAGAAGAUUAUAUCACUGAAACUUAGUUAUGUGUAUUAUUUUAUGAAAAAAAAGAAAAGUCUAUUUUUGUAACAGAGGGAUAUUUGCAUCGAAAAGUUAUAAAGACUGAGAAAGAACGAACUGAGGAGACGUAAUAAAAAGAAGAUUUUUUUUUGUUAAAUGGAAGUGCAUAGCUCAAGAAAAUCGAUCCGUUUUUCACUAAAUGUCUUAUCCUUACAUUGAAAGAGGGAAAAAAGUUUGUGUUUUUAUCAUUAAAAGCAGAGUUUUGCAACAAUGGACGGCAACUCGGCAGCUCAUUGAUUUUACUGUCAUUGCAGCGAUUCCCAGUUGAUUUGACUAUCGAUGAUGUCAGUGCAGACGGAGGAGAGGAAAAAAACAUAACAUCCACUUACUGUACCGAGGUUUUCCUCUGUAGGACCAAACAGGGCUGUCCAGGGCUAAACUGUUAUCUCUGUGUUUCAUUUCCUAAUUAACGACAGCUGCGUUGUUUGUGUUGCUAUGGUGUUUGCGCUCUGAGAAAAAUAAAAUAGGGCUCACACACGUGUCACUUUUGAACACUCGGCGUCAAAAAGGUUCGUUCCGCAAACAAGUCUUAAAAUACCUAACAACAGUUUCAAUAUUUAUCAAAUAUUUUAGAUGACGUAAUCAACUAUAUUUUUUGACAGACUGACCAAUAAUCAUCACUUUUAGAGAGAAAAUAUAUUAGAACUAAACUCUUUUGAAAUAAGAUGUAACUAAUGAUUAAGAGAGAGAGAAUGUAUUUAAAAAAAAAGAAAAGGAAAUUAAACCCUGGAGUAUAUUAAAAGUACACAAUAAGAAAAAGUUACUCAGACCAAAGCGAGCUACAGUGAAUCAUUCAUCUGCCACGCAACACCUAAUGUAUGUCAUAAUCAUUCAGUGCCAUAAAAUAUGCAAAUUAAAGUUAAAUUAGUAAACAAUAAAAACAACUUAUUUCCCUUUUCUACUUUUAGCUUCUUGCAAUUUUGUCUUUUUUUUUUUUUUUUUUUUUUUUUUUCUUUUUUUUUUUUUGCUUUUUGGAUAUUUCCGAGCAGGUCUGGUCACUUGAGGUCAUUCUGCGGAGUGAACGAUCUUCGCCCAGGCCUGUUUCUGAUCAGACACCACUCCACCCACUUCAAAAGUAAGAGGAGGCUUCAGAGCAGACGAGCGCCUCGUGCUCUUUGUGUAAAUAUAAUCGAGACAAUAAUGUGAUUUAAGAUGAAGACAAUCGAGCCAUAUUCAUGAAAGCGGCGGUCGUCGUUCACGAGGCCUCUCUGAGAAAAAAAAAAAAAAAGCCCCUGAGGUCACCGGGACAAAUCUUCAAGUUUGAUUUUUGCUUUGUGGAAACAAAUGUUUGCGUUUUCUAACAUGGGGCGAAUUCACGUUUUUGUUUCAUGAUGAAUUUCUGGCAAAGUGGCUUUGAUGGUGAAAAUGAUGAAUACAUAGCACAGAAUUAUUCCAGGCACUUUCAUGAAUCUGGAGACGUCUCUCCUGUUUCUGAUUUAUUUUCUAAUAUGUAUCUGCAAUGUUCAGUCAAAGAGAUACUGUUAUUAUUAAUAAAACCACAUGGUAGUGUGAUUUCUCUA